AUGAGCAGGUGUCUCUUGGUUUCGAGACCAGCCCUGGUCCGUGCGAGCGGGAUUCGGGCUUUGAGUUCCCGCUCUGCUCCCUCAUGCGCCUGUUACUCGAGUCGCAGACUUAUUGAUACACCAAUCGGCAUCGAUUUGGGAACCACCAACUCUUGCGUUGCCGUAAUGGACGGUAAAAACCCCCGUGUCGUCCCAAACGAUCUCGGCUCCCUCACAACACCAUCCGUCGUUGCCUUCCGCAAAGACACGGUGCUAGUCGGGUCGCCCGCUAAACGUCAAGCCGCCACAACCCCCGAAAACACUUUUGCUAGCAUCAAACGGCUCCUCGGGCGUAAAUUCAGCGACCUAGAGGUACACGAGCAUAUGAAAAAUGUGCUGUACAAGGUCACGACGGAUGGGAGGAGAUUCUCGCCGGCGCAGAUUUUAGCGUUUGUGUUGAUGGAUUUGAAGAGAACAUCGGAGAGGGCCUUAGGGGAUGAGGUCAAGUCUGCCGUCAUCAGCGUGCCCGCCCAGUUCAACUGCGCUCAACGUGAAGCAGUCCGAAACGCCGCCCACAUUGCCGGUUUGGAAGUGAAAGGCCUUCUCAACGAAACCGGUGCCGCUGCACUGGCAUACAGCGAAAGUGAACACCUACGGGGUGACAUAGCCAUCUACGGUCUUGGCGGCGGGACAUGUGGCAUCUCCGUCCUCAACCUGACCGGCGGGACUUUCGAAGUGCUGUCCACCAACGGCGAUACCCAUCUCGGCGGAGAUGAUUUCGUUACCGCGAUUGUCAACCACCUUUUGAGGGAGUUUGGACAGAAGGAGGGUGUAGACCUGUCGAAAGACCGGAUGGCUCUCCAGCGCAUCCGCGACGCGUCCGAGCAGGCUAUGAUCGAGCUGUCGGCCAGUACGCGGACGGAGAUACACCUGCCGUAUCUCGCAGCGUACACGACAGGCCCCAAACAUAUGCAUGAAGUGUUGAAACGUGCCACAUUCGAAGAGCUGACAAAGCCGUUGAUUGAGCGUACUCUCGACCGGUGUAGGGAGGCGAUGAAGGAUUCGCGCAUCGCCGCUAAAGAUCUGCAUGCCGUACUGCUCGUGGGUGCGAUGACCCGCGUUCCGAAGGUGCAGCAGAUGGUAAAGGAUUUGUUCGGUCGGGACCCGAUUAGGGCCCCAAACAUAGAAGGGGCCGUUGCGAUUGGCGCCGCGCUCCACGGCGGCGUACUGUCUGGCGCGGUAGACCAAAUCGACCUCAAAGACGUUACGCCCCUUUCCCUUAAAAUCGGAAUACCAGGCGGAGACGCCACCCGCCUCAUCAUCCCGCGCAAUACACGCAUUCCGGCCAAAAAGUCUCACUGCUUCUCAACGACCUACGACAACCAGGCCCAUAUCUCUAUCAAUGUAUACCAAGACCAAGGCGAGCACGUUCUGCCAAGGCACAUGAAAGCCCAUAGCAAAAUGACACUUGUCGACAUCCAGCCAGCGUCGGAGGGUAUGCCUCAGAUUGCAGUUACGUUCGACAUCAACGCGGACGGCAUUAUCACUAUUUCCGCGAGGGAUUUGGCUACGGGAAGGAAGCAGCCGGUGACCAUCACCACGGCGUCGGGGUUAUCGGAUGCUGAGAUUCAGGAGAUGAUUGGCGAGGGGGAACGGUAUGCCGAGUCCGAUCAACGACGGCGGGAGGCAAUUGAGGCGAUGAAUUAUGGGAAAAGUAUCGUUAAUGAUACGCAGCAGGCGUUUGAGGAAUACCGAGACCACCUCAGUGAGGAAGACCUUGGGAAGAUACAGGCGGAGAUUCACGGAGUGGAAGAGCUGCUCGAGCGGGCUGCCAAAGGGGUCGGAAUUACGACUGAGGAGAUUAAGGAGAAGUAUAGUGAGCUGCAGAGGGCGUCGCUCGGAGUGUUUGAACUCAUGUACAGAAAGAGAAGCGGUAAACAGGGAAGUAAUGAUGGGUCUUCGGGAGGCGGGUCUUGA